GUCGAGGAGCAGCCCAUGGUGGACGCGUUAAACAAAUCUCUGUCAGACACAAGUCCCUUUUCAGCCGUUCGAAAGUCUCACUUCAACACUGGAUGCAAUUUAUCUACAGAUUCUCUCAGGGUCUCAGAUUACGUCAAAUUGACAUGAUCGAUGACACCAUUGCAGGCAGUACGACAACACUUAGUAAAAUGUCCAAAAAAUUAAGGAGGGUAUGUGUGGCUGCAGUUGAAAGAAUGAGACGUCGUACAGGUCAGCAGAUUGGUGGCCGGAGGGAGUUUGUUGUGAUCGAUGAGAGUCAUUUUCGUCACAAACGAAAGUAUGGGAGAGGAAGAAUGGCAGGGGGCUGGAAAAGAAGAAAGUGGGUGUUCGGAAUGCUGGUCAUAAAAAAUCAGCGUAAAACGAGGCCUAUCUUGCGUCUUGUGGAGAAAAGAUCUCGAAGACAUCUUGUUCCUCUGAUCACCCUUCAUGUCAGGAUUGGUUCAAAGGUGAUAAGUGAUGAAUGGCGGGCCUAUCGCGUUCUCCCAAACUUAGGUUAUGGACAUUAUACUGUUAACCACAGCAGAUGGUAUGUGGACCCUCUAACAGGUGCCCAUACCCAACAUCUGGAGAGAGCCUGGAGGUCUUACAAGGAGAGAAUUUGGAGACUCCGGGGUAACAGAAAUGACAGCCUACUAUCAGAACACCUUACAGUUAUUGAGUGGAACGAAUGGCUUGCAAAAAAGCACAAACAGGGUGCUUUAGGGAGACUGAUAUAUGACAUUUCAAAAAAAUACAGAUAAAAAAGUUAUUAACCA